AUGUUGUCAAACGCUGCCAUCUUCUUUCUUCUUUUAUGUGUGUGUGUCACAAAUUUUUCAGGUGUGUUUGGUGAUUCAGAUGAAGUGAAGUCAGUGUCAGUGACUGAGGGAGAUUCUGUCUCUCUAAACACUGAUGUUCAAGUACAGAUAGGAGAUCAGAUACUGUGGACGUUUGGACCUCAAAACACAAAAAUAGCUGAAAUCAUUAGAAGAGACCAAAUUAACCUUAUAACUAUCAUUAAUGAUGGAAUAUUCAGUUACAUACUCCAGAUGGACAAUCAUACUGGAUCUCUGAUCAUCAGAAACAUCAGAUCUGAUCACACUGGACUUUAUGAACUGACCAUCAUCAGCAGCAGAAAAACACUGAAGAGAUUCAAUGUUACUGUCUAUGCUCCUCUACCCAUUCUUGACAUUUCCAGUCACUCUUCAGACUGUUCAUCAUCCUCAUCAUCAUCAAGAUCAACAGUGUCCAGAUGUUCACUGGUGUGUUCAGUGUUGAAUGUGAGUCAUGUGACUCUCUCCUGGUAUAAAGGAAUGAGUGUAUUGUCCAGCAUCAGUGCGUCUGAUCUCAGCAUCAGUCUCUCUCUACCUCUGGAUGUGGAAUAUCAGGAUAAAAACACUUACAGCUGUGUGAUCAACAAUCCUGCCAGAAACCAGACCACACAUCUGGACAUCAACACACUCUGUCACAAAUGUCCAGAACAGAGCCAUCGUUCAUAUUUUACUCUGAUAAUAAUCAGUGUGUGUCUGUUGUUGGUGUUCAUGUCUGCUGUUAUACUCAUAUACUGUUGCUCCAGGACAUUCAGUCGAGCGCAACAAAAAGAUCUGACCUUCACAGAACAGCAAAGCAUGUCAGAAUACACACAGAUCAUCUACUGUGUUCAGAUGAGAGAUCUGCCACAGAUAUCCUUACUGAGUGAGGACAGAACAGUGACAGCUGUGAACUAUCCAGAGAUCAUCAAGAUGAAGAAUAAGCAUUGUAAGAUGACCUGAGUCUUGUGAUCAUCUUGCACCUGUAGGGGUUUAGAGUUUAAAGAAAUAAUGCUGAAUAGAGUUUGAUAGGUGCUUUCCACCAUCGACAGCUGUUUUUUCCGCAAGCUGAAAGCUCCAUUGAGGUGUGCGACAGCUGCUCUGCCCUCUGGACUUUGUUCUUUUUUGUAGAGUCAGUUUGUGCAUUGUUUUGGAAAUAAAUCCCCCUUCAUUUCUGUUGAUUAUAUGUCACCAUGAGACACAGAUGGUGAUGUUUUGUGUGUGGGUGGAUUCCAGCUUGUAAAUAAACUCCAGGUGCGGUAUAUCACUUUUCUGACCUGACAGUUUGUCUUGUGGGAAGGAACAAGACAAGGGUGAUUCAAUGCAGGCACAAUGAGAAGAUGUUAUUUAAUCUCUUCUAGAAUAUUCAUUUGACAGAAAUAGUCCAAGCCUUGCGGGAGGAUGACGUUAGCAGCAGAUUCUUGGAGCCACCGUGGAUCGAACUUGCCAGUCCAGGACACCCCACAGUUGAUCAGUGGGAUUGUCAAAGUAGCUCAGAUCUUCCUUUCUGCCCAUUUCUCCUGCAUCCAAAACAUUGAUAACCAGACCUGAUUGUUUGUUUACCAUCUGAUCUACCCAGACCUUUAUUGUUAGCAGAUGAUCAAUGACAUUCGCUUCAUAAUGUCCUUUGUAUGUUUGGAAUGGGGUAUGUGUGCUAAUUCUGUGAAUGUGAUUUCACCAAGCAGCAUGUUGCUGGAUGAACAUUUUUGUUGAUUCUUGAUCAACAUUACUAUCAAUCAAUCAAUAGGGGAUUAUCACGCUGAUAUGUAGAACUUCCGGAUUCAGUGAUAUUUGUGCACU